UCACUUCCGCCUCUAUUGCCCGUUUAAACGCAAGUCUUCCGGGCUUUCGUGUCACCAAAGAGCCCGCUGAACCCUAGGCGCGUCCUUCUUCUCCGUCGCCUUGUCCUCUCUAUGGGCUUCCGCUUCCUGUUCCCGUCGCGAUGGCGCGCGCAGGGCCUCUCCGGCUCGCGUAGCUGCCCUCCCCCACCCCAUUCUCCCUUCCCCUCCCCCUUUCCCCCCCUUUCUUUCCCCUCUUAUGGCGGCCCCUCACCCCGACAAGCUGGAGGGGGGAGUGGGCCCAGCUCCGCCUGCUCCAGUGGGACCGCCGCCUGCUCCAGGUCCGCCGCCAGGCAGCAUCUCCACGGGGCCAGGCCGCAAGCAGGGCAAGGCCGGCCUUCAGAUGAAGAGUCCCGAGAAGAAGCGUCGCAAGUCCAAUACACAGGGCCCUGCCUAUUCCCACCUCUCGGAGUUCGCUCCCCCGCCCACGCCUAUGGUUGACCACCUGGUGGCGUCGAACCCCUUUGAGGAUGACUUCGGGGCCCCCAAAGUUGGUUCCGCCUCUGCUCCUUUCCUCGGCAACCCGGGCCCCUUUGGGAACUUCCGCAUGCAGGGGGCGAUAGGGCCUCAGGUUCCACCUGGCUAUGGUGGAGGGCCGCAGCCCAUGCGAAGGCAGCCGCCCCCUUUUGGACCGAGCCAGAUGGGCCCUGCCUUCAACAUGCCUCCCCAGAACCCUGGGUAUGUGCAACCUGGUGGGAUGGGCUUUGGGGGCCAGCCCUUUGGCCAACCCUUGGGACAGAACUUCAGCCCCCCUGGCGGACAGCUGAUGCAGGGCCCCAUGGGAGGCUUUGGCCCCAUGAUCUCCCCAACCAUGGGGCAGCCCCCACGCGGAGGGGACAUGGGCUCAGGGCCUGCACUCAAUCCCCCGGGGGGGCCCCCAAUGGCACAACGAUUUGGCCAGCCAGGCAACCUGUUUGGACAGUCGCCCAUGCAUCGCCCCAACCAAAAUCUCCCCAACCUUCCCCCCAACCCCAGCCCCUUUCCUGGGCCUGACCCCGGCUUCCCCCCCAGCAGCGAAGACAAUGGUGGGGGCGCCGGCGGCAAACCCCUCAACACCCCUAGCACCUUCAGCCAGGAGCAGCACACCGGAUCGCCGGCAGCCGUGAAUGGCACCCAGCCCACCUUCGCCCCCAACAGCGGGGGGCACGGCGGUGCGGGCACGCCGGAGGCCAACAGCCUUCCUCCCUCCAGCAAGGCCUCUGGCAACUCUGGUCACCAGCCACCACCUGGUCUGGUGUACCCCUGUGGGGCCUGCCGCAGCGAGGUCAACGACGACCAGGACGCCAUCCUGUGUGAGGCCUCCUGUCAGAAGUGGUUCCACCGGGAAUGCACAGGGAUGACAGAGAAUGCUUACGGGCUGCUGACCACCGAGGCGUCUGCGGUCUGGGCCUGUGACUUCUGUCUGAAGACCAAGGAGAUCCAGUCAGUCUAUAUCCGUGAGGGCAUGGGGCAGUUGGUGGCCGCCAACGAUGGCUGACUGGGUGCGGGCCGGCUAUCAUGAGCCCCUGUGGCUGCCUCCUCUGAACUCGUAGGCACCAGGGGUGGCAGCGUCUGUGUUCUGUACCACUAGACUCUCUUUGGUUUCAUUCGUGGACUCCAGGUCUCGCACACGGGUGUGGGCAUUGGUCCAAGGGACACGGGUGGUAGAUUUUCAGAGCCUCCCGGUCGUGAACCACGUGGUGGAAGGGAGUAUGGAGUCCUUGAUCAUCUCUUUAGAAUCCUCGUCACCUUCAGAAACCUGGGGCUGUUUAUUCCCUCACCCCAGACCUCACAGCGUUCCUUCUCCAUCUCUUCCUCCUGCCCUUUGUUGACAGACUGCUACUGUGGUUCAAAGCAGCAGAACGGCCAGUCUCAGCCAGCAGAUGUAAUAUUUUGCCCAGCACUGGGGCAGUUUAGCAUAAAUCAGAGAGUGGUUACUACCACGGUUUGGACCAGUGAGUCUAGCUUUUCUCCUCCAGUGAUGACUCCAUGGAAGAGGACCGCCAUUCCUGUGAACGCAGCAUGGGUCCCAUUGGCGUAGGUUCAGCCUCUUAUCUCCCACUCUUUUGAACUCUUGCCUGCCAAAGCUUGGACCACUGGGCAUGUGUGUGAAGUUUUGAGGAUCCUGUGCUCUAGAGAACCGGAAGAGCAGACGAAUCCUGCCCAAAACCUUUUCCCACGUCAAUGGGCAUUCAAAGAGAGCCAUGCCAGGGAGGGGGGAAAAAAACCUGGACAUUUUUUUUUCUUACCAGUGACCAGAAAAACCAAUGACUUCCUUUUGCUCCUGACUUUUGUAUGUGUGGGGGUUUUUUGCGUGUGUGGUUUGGUCAAGUGGUUACUGAUGUGUUUUGAUAAUUUCUUUUUUCUUUUAAUUCUGUUUUAUCCUGCCGGAACUUUUGAUGGGAAGAGAAUUUGGGAGGAGCGAGGAGGUGUCGCUGGGUCCAUACACGCGCACACGCACAACUUCCUUUUUUUUGUUUUUAUGUGAAAAUAUUAAAAGACAAAUUUUGUACUGUG